AUAAAUUUACGUGGUAUAAUGAUGUAAAAUGAUUGAAGCCUUAUUUAAAAUACUUAUCUAUAUGAUUCUGUACCACGUGCUACCCAAAUUACACUCCACGAAAGUCUAACCUGAUCAUAACAAAAUAUUUAUCAAUAUCUUCCCCAACAGAAAAUAACAUUUAGAAACGAUGUCGUCAGAUUCAUCAGAUGCUUCAGAUGUUGAAGAACAAGUUGAUGAUGUUACAGAAGAAGAAAGACUAAAAAUCAGAAGUGAACUAUCAACAAUGUCUUUUGAACAACUGCAAAAACUAAAGGAAGAAAUAGGUUCCAAAAUGUAUAACAAAACCGUUCACGGGGACAACAACAAGAAGAAAGAACCCAAAAAACAGUUCACUAGAGUCAAUAAAAACAGGCCAAGAGAAAGGUCUUCCAAAAUCAAACCAAGACUCAUUCAGAGACAGAUACCUAAUAUUCCACAGCCUAAACAGCAAUACAGCAGGGAUCCAAGAUUUGAUGAGAAAUGUGGAACUUUUGACAAGGAUCAGUUUAGAAAUGAUUAUAAAUUUGUAGAGGAAAUUAAAAGAGAUGAAAGGAAACAACUUGCUGCUGAAUAUGAGGAGACCAAGGAUGGAGACAAAAAGAAACAGAUUAAAUUACUUAUUCAGAGAAUUGAUAAUCAACUUAGAGAAAGUGAAAAACUUGAUAAAAUUGAGCAAAAACAAAAGCAAGAUGCUGAACAAUUCCAACAGAUGAAAGAACAAGGAGAGAAACCAUUAUACAAGAGGAAGUCUGACAAGAAAAUUGAAAACUUGGUUGCUAAGUAUGAAGAUCUUAAGAAGAAUAACAAAGUUCAGAAGCACAUCGAGCGUCGUUCCAGAAAGUUACAGGGCAAGGAGAGAAAGAGGCUAGAUAAUGUCAAUUAAUAAACAAAUUAAAUUAA